CAACAGAUCAGUGCAGCAGGAGAUAAAAGGUACAGGUGGUGACAUUUGAUAACACAGAGACAGAUACUUCCACUGAGAGGACAGAUGGGUUACUUCUUGUACUUCUCCGCUGAGACAUGGACUCUGCUGGUUGCCUUUGUCACACUCCUGCUUGUAUAUGCCUACUGGCCUUAUGGAACAUUCAAGAAAUUAGGUAUCUCUGGUCCUAAACCUCUCCCAUUUUUGGGGACAAUGCUGCAUUAUCGAAGGGGAUUCUUCAACUUCGAUCAAGAGUGCUAUAGGAAAUACGGGAAAAUAUGGGGUAUUUACGAUGGCCGCCAGCCCGUGUUGUGUGUUGCAGAUCCUGAAAUUAUAAAGGCCAUUCUGGUUAAGGAAUUCUACUCUUUCUUCACCAACCGCAGAAAUUUACAUCUGAAUGGAGCCCUGUAUGAUGCCCUGUUCAAUGCUGAAGAUGACCAAUGGAAAAGGAUCCGCAGUGUCCUAUCUCCGUCCUUCACCUCUGGGAAACUGAAGGAGAUGUUUGAAAUCAUGAAGAGUCAUUCUGCUAACCUGAUCCGCAGCAUGAAGAAAAAGGCAGAUAAGGGAGAAGCAUUAGAAUUGAAGGAAUUCUUUGGAUCGUACAGCAUGGACGUUGUAACCAGUACGGCCUUCAGUGUAGAUAUUGAUUCACUGAACAACCCUUCAGACCCAUUUGUGACAAACAUCAAGAAGAUGCUGAAGUUUGACUUUUUAAACCCCAUCUUCCUCGCAGUCGCUUUAUUCCCCUUCCUGGGCCCCAUACUUGAAAAGUUAGAAUUUUCAUUUUUCCCCAAAUCUGUGACCGACUUCUUUUUUGCUUCUCUGGAGAAGAUUAAGUCAAACCGUGAGACCAGCCAGCAGAAGAGUCGAGUAGAUUUUCUCCAACUAAUGAUUGAUUCCCAAAAGAACAAUGGGUUGCAGAAGGACAAAAGUUUAAGUGACCAUGAGAUCCUUUCCCAAUCCAUGAUUUUCAUUUUUGCUGGUUAUGAAACAAGCAGCAGUUCUCUCUCUUUCUUGGCUUACAAUCUGGCCACGAACCCAGAGGUCAUGAGAAAGCUCCAGGAGGAGAUUGAUUCCACCUUCCCCAACAAGGCUCCUGUUCAGUAUCAGUCUCUGAUGGAGAUGGAUUACUUGGACAGCGUCAUCAAUGAGUCUCUCCGGUUGUUCCCCAUUGCCGCACGUUUGGAGCGUGUGGCCAAAGCAUCUGUGGAGAUAAAUGGCCUUGUGAUUCCAAAAGACAUGGUUAUCCUGGUCCCCACAUGGCCUUUGCACCGGGACCCUGAGAUAUGGCCAGAACCAGAGAAAUUCAAACCUGAGAGAUUCAGCAAGAAAAACAAGGAGGACAUCGAUCCAUACACAUACAUGCCUUUUGGGAUAGGGCCAAGGAACUGCAUUGGGAUGAGGUUUGCUCUAGUGGUGAUGAAACUGGCAGUGGUGGAGAUCCUGCAGCGGUACAGCUUCUCUGUGUGUAGAGAGACUGAGAUCCCAUUUGAGAUGGAUAUCCAGGGUUUGCUGGCACCCAAAAGACCCAUCCAACUGAAGCUGAUCCCUCGCUCCUAAUCUUCCAGCUGGAGAAAUAUUUUUAAAUCAAAUUAUGAAGUUUAUUUUCUGAUGAUUAUAUUCACUUCCCAUUAAUGAUUUUGUUGUAUCGUGAUACAUCUUACGCUCAUAAUACAACUUAUAUAGCAUUUCUUAGACUUAGACUUAGACUUAGACUUAGACUUAGACUUAGACUUAGACUUAGACUUAGACUUAGACUUAGACUUAGACAGACUUUAUUGUCAUUUUGUAUGCACAGGGGUGUAUACAUAACGAAAUUUCGUUGCAUACGGCUCAGGACAAUGUUUUGAGGUUUCAAUGAGGUUACUCAGAAUAAAUAAAAUACACAAUAAAAUAUAAAUAUAAAUAUUAAAUAUAAAGUGCAGGAAUGACAGUAAAAUAGAAGUUAUUUAGCUAUGUACAUGAAGUGGAGACCGCAAAGAAGAUUAAAUAAGAUUAAAUUAAUGAGCUUUAGUGUCUGUCCCUGUUUUUCUAUAUGUGAUGAUGUAUAUUGGUGAGUGGAGUCAAAUGUUCCAGCUAUGGAACAUAGAGUUGAAUUUUAGUGAUUUUUCUAGCUUAUGAAAUAUAUCUAAAUCAAAUUGUAAUGUUUAUUUGGUGAAAUUGACAUUCUUUUCCCAUAACUGAAUUUUUCAGUGAAGCCUAUAGCGUUGUAAAUCCCUUUUCCUUUAUAUGCUGAACUGAGAGAAAAAAUACUUUUAAACUGUGUUGCCAAUUAAAAGUGUCCAGGUGUACUUUAGACUGAUCACAGUAAAAUCUCACUGCAUUGUGCUGCUUUAUCACACAGCACAAUGCCACAGACGUUGCAAUUGGCAAACUGACUGCAAGAAUGUCAACCAGAGCUGUUGCUUGUGAAUUUAAUGUUCAUUCCUCUACCACAAAUUCACACAUUCCUCUCUAAUUGUAUUUCGUAGAAUUUGGCCAACUGGGCACACAGUUGCAGACCACAUGUAUCCACACCAGCCCAAGACCUCCAUAUCCAACAUGUUCACCUCCAAGAUCAUUUGUGCAGCUGUCUGUGUGGCUGAUGUCAAACUGCCAGGAACUGUAGUCUCUCAACUUGACUGUGAUUUGUUUCCAUAUCAGACUUGAAGGGAAAAGGCUCAUAUUGGAUUGCUUCCAGCACAUUAGAGAGGUGUGCUCUUCAUGGGUGAAUCCCAGUUCUUCCUGGUCAGGGCAGAGGGCAGACAGCAUGUGUGGCUUUGUGUUGGUCAAUUGUUUGCUGAUGUCAACCUUGUGAACAUCAGCAAACCGUUGCUGCAGAGUCAUGUUGGAAGAGGAAGUGGCCAGCUCCAAACUGUUUUGGCAAUAUAAUGUGUAUACAGUUUAGUUUAAAAAUAUUUUAUUUAACCCUCAGUUCAGGAUUUGUGUUUAAUUAUGCCUACUCACAUGUUUUUUGAGUGACUCAUGCAGCUUUAUUAUCUUGGCUUUGUCAUUGUUUAAUAAAGACUGUUUAGAAUGUGUUUUCAAAUCGGUGAAUUUUUGUAUAGUUUUGAGGUUUCAUCAGGUUAGAUUAAUAAAAUCCCCAACUUCUCAAACA